GUAGAGUUGUUCAUGCGAGAAAAAGAAAACGAAAGAGGAAUAAAAAAUGUAGUAGAUUAUCCGGUUUUCCGCAAACCAUCGUCAAGGAUUUGAGCGUGCAAUAAACUGUCAAGUUUCUUGUAAUCAGCAUUUUAUUGCAUAGCUAUCAUAUCCCCGUGUUUUUCGCUCUUUCUCUGUUUUAUCCGCGAUAUAAAACUCAUAGCAACAAUAAAUCGGUGUGCGUGGUCUGCUAGAAAGACUAUUUGAUUCGUGGGCGGUUUCUCCGAAGUGAUUUUUUUUUCACGAAUGACAGUUCCGCGUUUGACAGGAGACCGCCGGAGAUCGCGACGUAAAUAACACGCUCUGUCGCUCUCCACCUCCUUCUCUCUCGUUCUCUACUACUAUCUCGGAACGUCACCCAUCGUUGAGAUAUCCAUUUUUAUUUUGUGCUAGGAUAAUGAUCUUCAAUCGCACGUUCGAUCAUACUGGCGAGCUUGGCAUCGCGAUAAAAAACAUCCUUGUCAAGAUCUGAAACGGAUCUAAGAACAAACAGCCAAAGCAUGAACAUAAUGCGGAAAUUGCGCAUGGGGAAUGCAGUGGGGGGUAUGGGCUCCAGUACAGCAGGAAGCAUAGACGAUGGUGCUGGAGGAGCAAAUCCACAGCAUACGGCACUCGGUCUCAUGCACUUGAAGAAACUUUUUUCCGAAUACACUCACCCUCCGCAUGAACUUUCUGAGACAGAAAGGGAUGAUAAACUCUAUAACAUGUUGCCUCUUUUCUGUAAGGUAUUUGGAACAAGUCCUUCAGGGGACAUGAAUGAAAAGUUCUGGGACAUCCUAGCAUUUGCGCAACAAGUUUCGAAGUUAAUGGUUACAGAAAUUCGAAGAAGAGCAAGUAAUCAGAGCACAGAAACAGCCAGCUGUGCCAUAGUGAAGUUUUUGGAAAUUGAGAACAGUGAAGAGUCAAGCAAUGGAUGGAUGUUGUUGUCGGCACUCAACCUUCUGGCUGCUGGUGAUACUACCCUGAUACAGGCAAUGACAAGUGCAUCGGUACCAUCGACUUUGGUAAAGUGUCUCUAUCUGUUUUUCGAUUUGCCUGAAAUGAGUGAAAGUGAGGCCGACGAAACGGAUGUAAAUAGCGAAUUUACACCCAGGGAACGUCGGAUAUUGUUGCAGAAGAUAUUCGUGCAGGUGCUCGUGCGACUGUGUAGUCAUCCAUAUCCUGCCGACGAACUUGCACGAAAGGACGAUUUAACAUUGUUAUUCUCGGCCAUAACAAGCUGGUGUCCUCAGUAUAACGUAAUGUGGCGGAAGAGCGCAGCUGAAGUUCUCAUGACUCUUUCUCGACAUGGACUCACGACGAAUGUCGUUUCGUACAUCCACGACAAAGGCUGCAUUGCUCUUUGCAUCGAUAAUAUGCAACGAGUUCCAGGAUUAGCGCCCUUAGAAGUCGUUGAAAUGUUCGUAACUGUAUUUUGCUUUCUCAAGGACUCUAGCGAAGUGUCACAAACCCUAUUGGACGAUUUUCGUGUAUGUCAGGGAUACACUUUCCUCUCGGAAUUUUUGUUAAAACAUGCACCUUCAAAACUGGAGCAGGAUGAGAGAGGAGAGGCACAGGAUGCUAUCAGAAAUUUGGUAUUGAUGCUCGCUUCGUUAACAAUGUGCGGGCACAUCGAAUUGAAACCGACACAAGCGAGUAUGGGUUCCUUGUUUCAAAUGCUUGGUUUCUCGCUACCUCAGCCAAGCAACAGAGGUGGUAGCGUUCGCAAUAUCCAGGCUUUUACAGUAUUGCAAUCGGUAUUCGUCAAGUCGAAUUCACCGUUGCUAUGUUGCACGAUUCUUGACGCAAUAUCCAGCGUGUAUCACAGCGACAAUGCCAAUUAUUUUAUCCUUGAGGGCGAAAAUACACUGUCACAAUUCGCAGAGAAAAUACACCUGAAAAAUCCGGAGAUACAAGAAAAGUUCUUCCAACUCCUGGAAUUCAUUGUUUUCCAGUUAAACUUUGUGCCUUGCAAAGAACUUAUAUCUCUCUCGAUAUUACUCAAAUCGAACAAUUCGGUCAAUUGCAGCAUCAUGUGUAUGGAAACACUGCUUAAUAUACUCAGGCACAAUAUUAUAUUCAAGGAUGUAUACCGAGAGGUCGGUAUGUUGGAAGUUUUCGUAACGUGUCUUCAUCGCUAUGCCACUUUGUUGAAAGAUAAACAAGCUGCGAUCGAUCAAGGAUUGGAGUACAAAAUGUGUCCGGAACAAGAACGUCUCGGAGGCCUAGUGAUGGAGGCCUUGACGACUUUAUUGGCUGGUAAUGUUCAGAACGCGAAAGUCUUCAGAGAAUGCGGUGGCGCUCGAUGCGCUCACAAUUUGGUACCUUACAUGGACUGUAGAUUCCCAGCACUUGGAAUUGUUCGCGAGCUCAUUUUGAGCGCCGGUGGCGAUGAUGAUAUGGCGACUUUGUUGGGCGUGAUGCAUUCGGCUCCGUCGAAUGCUCUGCUUCUUAAAACGCACAUCCUUAAGUCGCUGCUCGCCUGCCUGAGAGAAUCGCAUCGUACGCGCACGGUUUUUCGAAAAGUCGGUGGGUUCGUGUACGUUAUGUCGGUUUUGGUAUCGCUCGAAGCUCAAUUGGGACCCCAUCCGCCAAAAAAUAUGAACGAGCCAUGCAACGACGUUGUCCAACGCAGUCCCCAAGACGAGGCCCAAUUAUUGACGCUCUUGCACGUUGUUUUUCAUACGAUAAGCACAGCAAUGAGAUUCGAGCCUGCCAACGCGAAAUUCUUUCAUCUCGAGAUAUGUCAAUCCAGUCUUUGCGAUACUUUGCGUCUUCUCGGCUGUUUUUCAAGCAACACUAAACUUCUGGAAUCGCAUGUUUUGCCUUCGCUGAAUUAUAAUACAUCUCUCCUCGGACUCUUUACCGGAAGUGUCCUCGAUCCUGUUUUCCCCAGCGAUAUUCCACCAACUCUAUGUUACACUUGUCUUUUGUUACGUUUGCUCUAUGACGUUGCUCUCGAUGCCUUCGACAAACCCAAUUUGGCAGCCGUUGGGAUGCGAUCUCCUUGUCAUAAACAAACAAGUGUUGAGCAACAAAAAUCGCUCGAUUCACCAGGCAGUGGUAAACGUUCGUCAGUAAAUUCAUUAAAUUUGAAUCCCCCGACACCCGAGCCGGUAAUCGUUCAUCCAGGGAUCGUAGUUGGAAUGCUGCACCUUUUGCCAUCGAUAAACUAUCAGAAGAACCCGGAAGUAGCUUUGGCGUUGCAGAUUUACGUAGCCGAAGUUAUCAAGAGCUUGGUACGGUCAGAGAGAAACCAACAGGUCAUGUGUGACGCGGGUAUGGCUGGUGAACUGUUAGCGGUUGGCAGAAUUGCUCUUCAGGAUGAGACUCAUCCGCUUCACCAACCUCUUCAAUACAUAAUCGAACGACUUGCUGCUCAGUCUUUGGAACCAAGGGAUUUGAGAGAAUUUUUGCGACUCGGUGAUCCUCUUUGUUGCAUUUCACUGGAUGAUAUCGAAGCCAACAAACCGCGAGGGGGUCCUGUGCCACUAACCCGCAUAAAAACCCUCGUCUCGAUGACAACGCCUAAAGAUUUUCGAGCUCACGGUUCUUGCACCUUGCCACCUUUUGUCGAAUUGGAUAUGAGCGCCGAGGGCUUCGCUUGUCUUUACUUGCCCAGCGUUGCACCUCAGAGCACAACACCACCGACUGUUGUUGCUGCUGACAAUAGCGUUCUCGGUGGAAUAGGAUCCGGUGACAGACUUUUCCCGCCACAAACGGGCCUGACAUAUAGCACAUGGAUUUGCGUAGACAAAUUUAGCGAUCCGAGAACGGAUCCUCAUUGCGUGCGAUUAUUGACCCUGGUUCGAAGUCCUCCAUCGUCUCGGGAUCUCAUUUGUUUUGCUGCCGUAUUGAGCGCACGUGACAAAGCGAUAAUCGUCUCGACGCAGGAAACUCCAUUGCCACAGAACAUUGGCGAGUGGGAGCCCGAAGGAACUGGCGAGAGUGGCGCGAGAGUUUGGUGUCCGGACCUUCUUCACGAGGGACAAUGGCAUCAUAUAGCAAUUGUACUGAAUCGAGCGGUCCUCAAAAAUUCAAGUUUCUCCCUUUAUUUGGACGGUCAACAUAUCCAAAGUCAGAAGUUACAUUACAUUACUCAAACCCCCGGUGGAGCAGCUACGAAUUUAACAGUAGCUUCGCCAGUGUAUGGAUACGUCGGUACUCCGCCUUGCUGGAGACGUUAUUCGAGGCUUACUUGGAAGCAAGGACCGUGUCAUCUCGUCGAAGAAGUUUUCAAUUCUCAGAACAUAUCUUGUCUUUUCAAGCUCGGACCGCACUAUAUGGGCAGUCUGCAAGCGCCGCAAUAUAUUGGCCCGGAACCUUUAUCCGCCCUUUUGUCCGAGGAGAAAGUAGUUUUCGGUUUGAAUGCCAAAGCAAUGUCGCAGCUGACACUCGCAAAAAUACGCAAGGUUUACAGCCGGGCUGACAACAGAUCAAUAGCGAAACAGCUCGGUAUGUCGUCGCAUGAGAACGCAACGCCCAUCAGAGUGCUACAUAAUUCUGCUGGACAUUUGAGUGGACCAGCAAGAGCUUUGGGAGGUGUAGUCGUCGGUUAUCUCGGAGUUCGUGUCUUCGGACCUCGCCCUGUCGCCACAAUGAUUGACAACGUCGGUGGAUGCUCCGUGCUGCUCGGCUUAAUCGCAAUGGCUCAAGACGUCGAGUCUUUGUACGCUGCUGUAAAAGCUCUUGUUUGCGUUGUGAGAUCGAAUCAAGCUGCGCAAUUAGAAAUGGAUCGUCGACGUGGAUAUCAAACAUUAGCGAUGUUGCUGCGCCGGAAAUGCCCACUCCUGAACAGUCACAUACUUCAUCUGACAUUCAGUCUUGUUGGAACCGUCGAUAGCGGGCGAGAGACAAGCGCAAUACCGAACGUCACCGCGUUUCAAGAUCUCCUCUGCGAUUUGCAGGUUUGGCACGAAGCACCCGGAGAACUUUUGCGCUCGUUGCUCGAACAUUUGUACGAGCUUAUCGCUGAGUGCAGCGAAAAGCGGACGAAUUUGCGACUCAUGAGAGACUUGCAAUUGGUUCAUAAAUUGUUGCACAUAUUGGGCGACGUAAAACAAAACUCAACGAGGCAAGUUCUGCUAGCGUUGUUGAACAUUCUUUUGGGACAGCCUCGACAAGCUGAUCUUUUAUGGUUUGGACAAUUCAUCGUGGCGACCUUGCCGCUUAGCUCCGAAAAGCAUUUGGUUCUACGCGAAAGCGAAGGUGUUAAGGAGGGCGAGGGCGAGAGUAUUCUUCUACGAAAUCGAUGCUUGCAACUUUUGCAUUCCUUGCUUUUUAAUGGCUCGAAAGUAAAUGCCAGCAUGUGCGACGAACUGGCGAAAAUACUCGGACUCGAUUGGGUCCUUCUUUUCUUGCAACCUGGCUUGCACAGUACGACUGUCGUAUGGGGAUUGAGGAUACUCGUCGCUGUGUGUUCCGUUCAACCAAUUUUGCAAAAGUUCAAGGAAGGUACCAGCAAUGGUGGCUGGCUGCGUCACACCGAUCAUAACAAAAUGGCCAUGGCACUUGGCUGUCAUCAACAAAUACCUGGUGGGGACCUCAAAACCCCGGAAUUCCAUGUACCAGGAUUUCAACAUCUCGGCUGGUUACUGCCCCAACACGUUGACCUUGUCCCGGAGCUUUACUUUUUGUUUAUAGCUUUAAUGAUGGGCCAACCCAUAAAAUUAUUGCCCGCAGAUUCCAAAUUGGAUCUCGACAACGUGUGGAACUUUAUGUUCGGUGUUCCGGCGAAUCAUUUACCUUCUUCCUUUGCGGGUAAAAUAAAUCUCUGUCCGGACGCGGUUGUGACACUUUUGGCGAUGGUUCGAACUAUGCUGAAUACUCAUGCGAAUAACCCGGACGCUCUCGCAGAUUGGUUAAACAAUUAUCCAGUCACGAUAAUCCAAUUUCUUUUCUUCCUGUAUCAUAAUUUCACAGAUUUCAUGCAAGUAUUUAUGUCCGCGGAAGUUUUGGGUGCGCUUGCCGGAAGUCUUUUCCCAAAGCCUGCGAGCGGUAGUCAAGACAGCAGCGGAGCGAGUACACCCGCAGAUGAGAAUGCAAAAAUAUUUCAGGAACCUGUAUUAGUGCGAUCGCCUUCGAAGGACAUUGGUCUGACGAAUCAUCCGGCAAGGAAAUUUGUAAUGGAUUUCCUACGCGUGAUUGUUGUGGAUUCUCUAUCGCUGCCGGUUACUGCAAAAUCUCCGCCGGCGAUUGAUCUCGUUUUGGACGCUUGGCCCGAACACGCCUCAACUUCUCAGCAAACGCGAUAUCAAACCGAAGUUUUGUCUAUUCUGAUGGAACAUCUCUUGGCUGCAGAUGUUCUCAUUGGCGAACAAGCAGCUUUGCCUGUCGUUCCAGGCGGCUCAGCCAAUAAUAUUCCCAACAACGUCUGCUAUGUUACUGCACGAAUAGUUGACAAACUAUGGCAAGGCGCUCUCACCAAAGACCCUCACGAGGUUUUCGAUUUCAUCGUAAAGCUUAUUUGUCAAGCGAAACGUCGUCCAGGUGCAGUCAGCAUCGAAGGACUUCAUCAUUGUUUAAAUCGUACCAUUCUAUUUUUACUGUCGCGAUCGACAGAUUCCAUUACUGAUCAAACCGCCGUAUUGGAUGCGCUGCACAAACUCACGACUCACAGACUACUUGUUUUCGGCCCUGGUAACCAUGAACUCGAGUUCAUUAGCUGCCUGACUUACUGCCUCCUCCAAUUGACUGCCGAUAUAAAAGUAAUGCUGGAUUCGAACAUGAAAACGACAUGGCACGUUAAUCCACAAGUGGAAGCGAGCGACGAUCGUUUGACGUCGCAUCAGGGCCACAAAUUGAUGGCUGGUGCGGCAACGAGGGUUUGGGAAGAGCUCUAUGUUCGUAAAAAGCCUGCUAUUGAGGAAGUUUUCAAAAUUAGUCUUCCAGCGCCAAUAGGGAACGAACGAGCUCCUGACCUUACCGUCGUUCGCGAACAAGUUCACGAAGCUGCAACGAAACUUUGGCUCAAUUAUGUUGUGCUUGAACGAAAAGCCUCUUACAGAGUUCCUUGGGAACUGCACAAUCAGAUACAAUCGAAAAUACAAAAAGUAACUGGGGGUUUAACGAGGCUUGCGAGCCGCACAAAAGUUCGUAAAGAGGAAUCCGUUCGCGUGAGGCUGCGACUCCAUCACAGCACCGUUGCUCAAGGCACUGAGCAACACGUUGCUCUUGUUCGUGAAUUAGCAGCUGCUCGGAGAUUGCAGCAGCAACAGACCUAUCAGCAUACUCAACGUUACGUUUAUCAGGAAUGGCUCCAAACCGAAACGGAAUUAACCCGUGAACGCGGAUUAUGGGGUCCUCCUACGCCUACGAAACUGGACAAAUGGAUGCUGGACAUGACGGAAGGGCCUUGUCGAAUGCGCAAGAAAAUGAUGAAGAACGACUUGUUCUACAUUCACUAUCCUUACAGGCCUGAACUUGAUCAUCCGGAUAAUAAACAAUUAAAGUACAAAGUAGCCACGAGCAUGGACAGUAAAGAAUAUUAUCUGAAGCAACUCGGCAAUUGUUCGGGUAUGUUUGAGCGUGAACGCGAUCCCGUGAUCGACGAUACUCCGUUGAAUGUAAACGAAACGUCAACUGACAGCGAACCUCCAAUGGUACCAUGUACAUUGGAACGUCACGCGAGCGAGCCCGAUGAACCAUCCGAGGAUAACGAACAAGAGGAAGAAAAUAAUCAGGCUGUUCCGGAUAAUCAAACUCUCCUCAGAUUGUUGGAAGAGCACGAAAAAAUAAGCCACAUGUUUAGAUGCGCGAGAAUUCAAGGACUCGAUACGACUGAGGGACUCUUGUUAUUUGGCAAAGAGCACUUCUACGUCAUAGACGGUUUUACUCGUCUGAAGUCACGCGAAAUUAGAGAUAUUGAGAGUUUGCCCGAAGCUUACGAGCCUAUUUUACCAUCACCAGGAUCGCCCAGACGUUCGAGAGCCAUGAGACAAUGUUCUAAAUUCAAUUAUGAAGACAUUAGGGAAGUACAUAAACGAAGAUAUCUUCUGCAACCGAUGGCACUCGAAGUCUUCAGCGGAGACGGUCGCAAUUAUUUGCUUGCUUUUCAACAAAAAGUACGAAACAAGGUUUAUCAGAGAUUCAUGACGUUCGCGACGGCGAUUGCUGAUAGCGCGCAUCAAUCUGUUGCCGGUCAAAAACGAACGGCGAACGUGGAACAAGCCACCGGCCUCCUGUCAAAUCUGAUCGGGGAAACUUCUGUGACUCAGCGAUGGGUGAGAGGCGAAAUAUCCAAUUUCCAAUAUUUGAUGCAUCUCAACACUCUGGCUGGGCGGAGUUACAAUGAUCUUAUGCAGUAUCCGAUAUUUCCUUGGAUAUUGGCUGAUUACGACAGUGAAGAGCUCGACUUGAACGAUCCUGCGACAUUCCGCGACUUCAGUAAACCCAUGGGAGCUCAGAGUCCAGAGAGACUGCUUCAGUUUAAAAAGAGGUACAAGGAAUGGGAUGAUCCACACGGUGAAACACCACCUUAUCAUUAUGGAACGCAUUAUUCAUCGGCCAUGAUUGUCUGCUCUUAUUUGGUCCGCAUGGAACCAUUUACUCAACAUUUUCUUAGAUUACAAGGCGGACAUUUCGAUUUGGCCGAUCGCAUGUUCAACAGCGUAAAAGAAGCUUGGCUUUCAGCAUCGAAACACAACAUGGCUGACGUCAAAGAGCUCAUUCCAGAAUUCUUUUAUCUGCCCGAGUUCCUUGUAAAUUCGAAUCAUUUCGACCUCGGUUCGAAACAGAGUGGCGUUCAGCUUGGUGACAUAGUUCUUCCACCUUGGGCAAAACAGGAUCCUCGUGAAUUUAUACGCGCUCACAGACUCGCUUUGGAGUGCGACUACGUUUCUCAACAUUUGCAUCAUUGGAUUGACCUCAUAUUCGGAUGCAAACAAAACGGACCAGCGGCUGUUGACGCGGUCAACGUUUUUCAUCACUUAUUUUACGAGGGAAACGUCGAUAUUUACAAUAUCGAUGAUCCUCUAAAGAAAAACGCGACGAUCGGAUUUAUAAAUAAUUUCGGCCAGAUACCAAAGCAAUUGUUCAAGAAGCCUCAUCCCUCGAAGAAAAUGACUCAAAGGACAAGCGUUAUCGAUCCAGGCCCGAUAACUCCAGGCCUCAGUAUCACAACUUCCGAUAGACUUUUCUUUCACAACUUGGACAAUUUGAAACCAUCACUUCAGCCAAUAAAGGAAUUGAAAGGGCCCGUCGGGCAAAUACUCCACGUGGACAAAGCCGUACUUGCGGUUGAACAAAACAAAACUCUCAUACCCCCUUCUUUCAAUAAAUACGUCGCUUGGGGCUUUGCCGAUCACUCACUAAGAAUAGGAAAUUACGAUAGCGACAAGGCGAUUUUCGUUUGCGAAGCUAUGAUGCAGAGCAGCGGAGAGAUCGUCGCGUGCGUUUGUCCCUCGUCAAAACUCAUUGUAACGGCUGGCACAAGCUCUGUCGUGACUGUUUGGGAGUACGCUAAACGACAGUUGUCAAUAAAGCAAUCACUUUACGGCCAUAUCGACGCUGUAACGUGUUUGUCGUCGAGUCCUGCGUACAACGUGAUUGUGUCAGGUUCACGGGAUGGUACAGCAAUUAUUUGGGAUUUAUCAAGAUGCUUGUUCGUGCGUCAAUUACGCGGACAUGCAGGACCUGUAGCUGCAGUUGCUAUAAAUGAUUUAACGGGCGAUAUUGCAACGUGUGCCGCAACUUGGUUACACGUUUGGAGCAUUAACGGUGAAGAAUUGGCAAGUGUUAACACUUGCGUUGGCCGAGCUGAUAGAAUGCAACAAAUUCUUUGUGUAGCAUUCAGUCAAACUCACGAAUGGGAUUCCCAGAACGUUGUCAUGACCGGCUCGACUGACGGUGUCGUACGCAUGUGGUCGAUGGACUACGUCCAAGUACCCGCGGAAGAAGAAGAGACACACGAAGCUCCUGUUGAGAAUGAACGCAAACAACAGUCGAGUACCGAGGAGGACAGACACGAGAGCACAAAAAAGAGAGUUCACGAAUUGGUUAAACAAAUGAGCAUAUCUGCGGAGGGCUCAGGUAUGCUAGCCAAGAGUGGCUCUGAGAGUAGUCUUUCAGAAGCUGAAAACACGAAAGAAGCGUCUCGCCUUCACGAGGAAAAAGAGGAAUGUUCGGACAAUGAAGAGUCGAGCAAUGGCUCUGGUAAUCGAAACUCCGGUAAAAAUGGACAAUCACCAACGGUUGUCCUUAGGCGAAAAAGUCGGGGUAAUCCAAUGUUCAGAAAAAGUGAAGGAGGUGGUCGUGCUGACAGCGAGGGCACGCAAACAACUGAAUCGGUGAAUACCAGUACUGCUGGAGUGGAUUCCGAGGGUGCCUUGAGGACGAGUAAAAGUGACACGAGCUUGACCGACAGUUUCGUCAUGGUGAACGAGGCUGACACCAAACCUCGAAGAAUAAAUCCCCAAAAUAUCCUUCGCGACGGUUUCAAGUGGCAGAGACAACUUGUUUUUCGCAGUAAAUUGACCAUGCACACAGCUUACGACAGAAAGGAUAAUGCUGAGCCAGCUUCGAUCACGGCUCUUGCAGUUUCUCGUGAUCACCGAACCGUUUACGUUGGUGACACAAGAGGUCGGGUCUUUUCGUGGAGUGUUUGCGAACAACCAGGUCGAACGGUCGCCGAUCAUUGGCUGAAAGACGAGGGCGCUGACUCUUGCGUAGCGUGUUCCGUUAGAUUUAAUAUCUACGAGAGGAAGCACCAUUGUCGUAACUGUGGACAAGUUUUUUGUUGGAGGUGUAGCAGAUUCGAGUCGAAGAUAUCUCGGCUUGGUAUAUUGAAACCAGUGCGAGUAUGCCAAGGUUGUUACUCGACGUUACGAAACCAAAGCUCGACGGAAAGUAACACUUAAUCAGAAUGUAGGAAACUUCCAUGAAUAUCUCGUCGCUAUAAUAGUUCUUCAUCGGUGGGACGCUUGACUCCCACUGCGAACAUAAGCGAAAGGGAAUAAGAAAGGGAAGAAAUACGCGCGUAUUUGCUACAAAAUUUUUUCUCCUCUCAGUGAUAACUGCCCCUUUGAAAAAAACAGACCUCCCGAACAAAAAGAAAUCAUUAUACUGUAACUUAUCUGUAUACGAAUUAUGGAGAACGCAAUGGCGCCAGCAGGAUUCGUCAGUAAAUUCAGCAGGAAUAGUCUUUUCCCGCUCGAACAUAUUUUCAUUUUUCUGUUUUUCCAGAAAAGUCAUGUGCGAAUUGGAAUUAUGGGAAUCCUCCAAUCACUGGGUCAAGUACCUUCUGUAACAUGAACGUACUAAUUAUGUGAGAUGAGAUUUACGAUGCCAGGAAGCUCGUGAGUCAAAUUAUUCAAAGAAGGUCAAUAUCACGUUGUAAAAUGAAGAUAGAAAAAAGAUAUGAUAAAAUGAUCUAGACGACGUGCAAAGAAAAAACAAAAUAGCAAAAACUGAAGACAAAACAAAUCGGGGACCUCGCGAGUCAUAUGUAAGAUCGUUCAGCUUUGUUUAUAAGACCCGCUAUAUUUAUCUAUACAAUCUGUGAUCUGUUUUUACUUUAUUGUAUAUUAAUCGUAUAUUACUAUUAUUUAUUUUGUUGAUUUUACUUUUUAUAGUUAUCGUUUGAUUUUCUUGCAACUUUGUCGGGCUGCAAAGUCAAAGUCUUUCCAGAUUCGGUUUUUUCCAUUUUUUUUUUUAAAUCAUUGUUCGAUCAUUUUUUACUCUGUAACUGAGAUUUAUCCACGAAGAAAUUAUAUUCCGCUAGCCAGCCAAAUAUCAUUGUACGAUAAUAUUCAUAGCGCUAGAGAUUUUUCGAAAUUUCGAACAGGCCUUGAGUGUGCCAUCGUUCAUUAGAUCUUUUUUUCUCAGAUAUUCUGUUAUCGCAAACAAAUUGCUUCGCUCACAAAAUGUUUGUGAACCUCAUUUUUUCGCCCAUAAAAAUUGUAAUUAUCAAUUGUUCGUUAUCGCAAAUGAAAUGAAAACGAGUUCCAUUUUUAUUAACUCCAAUGGUACGAUCGCGUGGGUCAAGCUGUGACGAUGUAUCGGUCGUUGAAUCCAAAACAUACAAACGUCUUUUUGAAUCGAUCUGAAUGACCGGUACAUCCUCGAGAUUGGAAAAAACGGGGUCUCUAAAAUUAUUCAAGCAAAGUUAAUGUGACUCAAGCCGAAGACCAAAGAUGGUUGAAUUAGAGAGAAUAACAACGGUUUGGAAGAACAAAAAAAGAAUUGUGCCAACAUUAUGGAAAGCACGUUUAUUGCUUGGAUUUUUUCAAGAUCACAAUUUUUUACAAGCCCCCGCUAAUCCGAUUGAUCGACAAAGAAAUGCAAUGAAAUUUACAGUGUCAAUUCACCAUACAGCUGCGAUCAUUUUUUUACUCUGUCAAAAAAAUAAUCAUCCUCUUAGACUAAAAACCGAGAGAUUUAGAAUUUUACUCUGAAACAGCACAAAAAAUACUUGAGAAAAAACUUAAUUAUAUUUUUACCUGAAGAAAAAUGUAAUGAUUGUCAAAGUUUACGAAACGAACGAUUCCAUUUCUCAGUACGAUUACAGCCGAGUUUUUUUUUCAAAUCAGUGUCUCGUAAACCUCAAAUAAUUUACUCAAUGAUCGUUCUCUUUUCACUCCAGCCAUAUUAUUGUAAUCGAUUGUUUACAUUUUUUCCAAUUUAAGCCUACAAUCGAUUAUUUUCACCAUAAGGUUACUGAAAAUCAAGGGCAUAGUUGUUUAUUAUUAAAACGGGUAGAGGGUCAAGCGUUGCUCUUCGUCGAUAAAUCGCAAUCUUGGCCUAAACCCUCUCGUUUAUUAGCUUAUCGAUGUUUGUACCACACUACAGCGCUAUUAAAACAUAGAGACAAUACCAUUAUCUAUAGCGUAAAAUACAUGACCGAAAGUGUGCAAAAAAGCCGCGUAGAACCACGGUAUUCUAGUAGAGAAGAAAAAUUGUUAGAUAAUUGAAAAAAACCUACACAAUCACGUUGGCCAGAGACGAGAAUGGUUUUGGAGGGGUUGGACAGAUGGACGCAUUUAAUUAUUCUCCAAAAUAAUGGAUCAAUUAUUUAGACAUUUUUGUUUUAAACUCGAUAUUUUCUCGUCCAAUCGCAAGAUUGGACGAACAUUGGAGAUGAUUGGAGAAUAACUAAACGAUUGCUGAAAAAAAGUGUCUAUCUCUGGGCUAAAUGCAAUGCGUCAAUGAGAUUUCCUUCGUUGUUCAAAUAAAGAGACAAAAAUAGUGUGGAUAUGUGUGCGUAUGCCUGUAUGUAUGUAUUAUAAGACGGAAAACAAAAUUGUUAGUCUAAAUACGUUGUCAAAAUGCUGUGUUUCAUGCUGUAUAUUUUAAACUCUUGACAAGCAACGGGCUCUUGCCUUUUGAGAACAACAAUAUUUAUGAUUGCUUAUUUCUCUGAAGAUUAUUCGUUGUCACAGUUUAUUACUAAACUUGUGUUCCAACACCUCUUGAAAAAUUGACGAUCAAGAACACGGUUUGAUUUUCUGCUUAAAUCAGAGCUUGUCUCAAUUGAAAUAUAUUGGAUCUAUACGAUUAAACAAUCAGGAAAAUGCAAGAGCAUCGAUUCAGAAUGAAGAUAAGAUAAAGUCAGUUUGAUUAUUGACCAUUCGCCUGAUUCGAUGGUUACUUUAAAAAAAAAUAGUCAAAUUCGAUUCCGUACUCGAAAAUGAUUUUAUGAAUUGUUAAAAACUAUUAAUAAUUUGGCAUAAUUCUUAUCGAAUCAAUAACUUCGUAUUUUUAAUACGAAUUUUAUUAUAUUCUAUGAAAUUUCAUUAUCUUGGCAUAUAGUUAUUAGAAUUCUCACCGAAUCACAGUAUUUCUGUAAAAGAGAGUGUAAAAGCUGGAUAAAUGUUGUACAAAAUCUGUACGAAACAAUAUUAUCGCGUAGUCAAAUGUAGAAAUAAUAAAAGACAAGAAAAGAAAAUAUAAUGUUAUAAAUAGAUAUAACAUUUGACGAGUGAUGGCAGAGUUUUUUCAAAGUCGUUGGAAUAGUACAGAAUAAAUAGGGUGCGCGCCUCGAGAAUCUUCUCAUCCUUAGAGAAUUUCAUUUACAUUUCUCGAGUCAAAAAUCAAUAUUAUAAUUGAAGAAAAUAUGAACAAAAAAACAAAAUGACUUUGCAUUACAAAGAAAGCAAUUUUUUUAUCGUUCAAUAAAUCCUCGUGUGCAGCAUCAAUGCUUUCUUGAAAGUGUCAUGAAAAAUGAAUGUUUACUCAAGAAAAUUGGAUAAUCCAGUGGAGGCAUGGCAAAUUUUUCGAGUCAUUGCAACACUCAUUCGAUUUUAUCUCAUCUCCCCAAAUUUAUAGGAAUAACAUCAUAAUUUUGCCUAAAAUAAUGAUUUCAUGGUUUUGUUGAUAUUUAACACUUUUUUUCUUGGUACUCCUCAUUUUUCAUAAAUAAAUAGUAUUUGAUUUCAUGGUUUUAAAAUAGUCGGAAUUAAAUCAUAAAAAUAAAAGGUCAAACUGCCACAAAGUGAAGAUUGAAACAGCACACUGGUAAAAUUAUAUUAUUUUCUUUAGUAUCUAGUCAAAUUAUUUGCGUAUUUGGUGCCAGUUCGUUGAAACAAAAUUCAUUUAUACAGUUUUAUACUAUAACCAACGAUAUUUUUACUCCGUUUGCAAUACUUUUUAUUUGAUUUCAUCAGUAUUAUUAUUAUUUGAAAAUACUAAUAUUCAAUUGUACAUAAUUCUCGAGAUACUGCAUAUGAUUUCUUCUUAUUGCAUACGAAUAAAUAUCUAUGAAAACGAGAGAGAUCGUGAUAUAUUCUGUUGUCAGACUAAACAUAGUUUUUUUUUCUAAAGUGGAAAAGGAAUAAAUAAGCGAAGGAACCAAGUAUAGAAAAAUCAGUGAGGAAUUAAUUUUCAAACUGAUUAUCGAAGAAAAAAGAAUGAAACGAAAAUAAAAAAAACGUCUUUUUCUGUCUGUGCGUGGCUGAAUGAGAAAAGGCUACAAACUUUUCGUUCCCUCAUUCAUUUUUCGUUCAUUAGUUUGUUUCUUAAUACGAUCCCGAAUAUUCCAAAAGUAUUGAAGUAAAAAAUGAGGCAAAAAGUUUGUGAAAAUGUGCGGAAAGAGAAAAUAAGAAGUCUAAUGAAUAAUUUUUAGUCUAUAAAACAAUCACUGAUAUGAUAAUAAUCUUGAAUGCCUACACAAGUUUAUAGAAUCGUAACAAUUUAGCGAGAUGGAAAUAAAAGACAAAAAACAAUUUUACGUAGAGUCGCUUAUGAAACCACCAAUCUGUACCAAGUGAGUCGACGGCGUUGAGUGAACAAUAGAAAACAACAGACAAAAAUCGAUACUUUUAUUUAUCUGCACCAGUCGUCUCGUUGAAAGCAAAAUUUAUUGUAAAAUGCAAACAGCAAAAAAGAAUCUAAAAUAAAAACAUAAAACCAUGCGAGGAGUAUCGAAAACGGUCAGACCUCAAAUUGUAAAUACUGUAGUACGGGAAUGAGAAAAGCGCCAAAAGGAAAAGUGAAAACAUCAUUGAAAUCGGCUUUCGUCGUAUAGCGACGGGGGCAAGAUGACUUUAGGAACUGCAAACGUAGAGAUAAUACGAAAAAUAUGUAGUACAACCCGUGUCUACGUUAUAAAAAAAUUAUAUAUUACAUAUAUAAAUAUAUAAAUAAAAUCAUUAAAUAAAAGUUUAAAAAUCCAUUGGCUAGAUCUGCGUGCGACUCGACGAAGACUGUGAGAAUGUUUAUGUGAUCAAGCAUAAAAAACGAUCCCUAAUGAAUUACACGUUGAUAUGUCAUAAUGAAGUUAAAGGUUGCAUGUAAAUGAAAGGAAUUCAGUUAUUAUUCACACCUUGUACGUAGAUACAUUGUUAGUUCGUACAUCAAAAGAAAACAAAAACAUGUACAUUAGGUCAUGGUUGGAAUAAUAUUCAAGUGAAUGGGCUAUAA